ACUGCUGUGAACAAGUUUAGAGGAGCAACUGCCUGUGUCAGAAGGCAGAAAUGGGACCAAUCACAACUUGUGAGCUGCUGAAUGACACCGGGAGCCCUGCCUCUGAAACUUUUGUUACUUUUUCCCCCUCAACCUACUUCAAUUGUUCCCACAACUUGGUCACAGACUCGGACAAGUUGCCAGAGAUCUACAGACACUUCCCACAGCCCGGAGCAGGCUCCUCUGUGCUUCACUAACAGUCACACCAGAGGUGGGUGACAGCACCAUGGAGGAUUAACAAGCAAGCUCCACAAAGGCUGUCUAAAACAAAAAGAGAAGAUAAUAGGCACUUUGCACUGUUCCUGACAACUUCUCUUCUUUCCUGCACUCCUAAAACCUCUGAUUUGUGCCCUCUGCUUUCUUGUUGCCAUGGAGAAGGUCCAAUACAUAACCCGCUCUGCUCUGAGGAGAGCCUCAACUAUUGAGGUCAACCCACAAGCACGCCAAAGGCUCCAAGAGCUCUUUGUGAAUUUCUGCCUAAUUUUAAUUUGCCUCUUGCUGAUCUGUAUCAUUGUGAUGCUCCUCUGAAGUUCCAGCACUUCUCUGCACUGUCCUCUAGGAAAGUCACCCCAGAGGGAAGAGAGACCUACACCCGCAACUCCUAAUGCAAGGAUCCUCUUGUGAGAGGGGCUAGCACUUGGACUAGAGCUGUAUGCCAACUAUCGCACUAUUCUCUUACUACCUGCUACAUGUAUUAAAAACACACUUCUGUGCAGAACAGUGUUUAGAGCCUGUUGUAACAAAGCUGUGCAUGACCUAAUUUGUCUGUCUCAGUCAAGAGGUGUCUUUUCUGAAUGGGGUAAAGUACUGCCUCUUCACGGAGCUGGUAAGUUCCUCAAUGUUUUAGCUAGAUCACAAAAACAGCAACUUCACUUUUUGGGUGCCUGAGUGUUUUAAAUUUCUCUGAAAAUCCUUAAGCCCUUGGAGGGGUUCUGAAUUUGGCCCAUGUCCACCCAAAGAAGAGCUACAGGCACACAGCCCUCAACACAUCCUAAGAAAAUUUCUGCUCUGCUUACUUCAAGGUGCUGCACCUCUGCAUUGUCAACUGAAGGCAUUCAAAUUGUUUCCGUGUUUUUAAAGGAAAAUGAGAAUAAACAAAAAAUGUCUUCUAACCCAGAAAUAAAAACUAUUUCAUAGGCUUUUCUCCCUAUUUAAGGAACCAUAUAUAUACAAAAAUAUAUAUAUAAAAAAUGUACGUGUAUAUAUGUGUGUGUGUAUACAUGCACACAAAACUUGGACGUGAAAAAAAAAAGGCAAAUUCUUUUACAGUAUUUUUCACUAGAUACAUCCUUACAGAACUAAGUGACAUCUGGAAAGUUUUUUCACUAUGUUUUGCAGAAAAAUUGACACUACCACACUGGUAUCAAAGAUUUAAUUUUCUAUAGUCACUUAACUGACACAUCAAUUGACACAACUCAAAAAUAAUUCUCCAAGUUCUUAAUAUUUGGCUUCAGACAACUUUAUUAUGGCCUGCUGUAAUUUAUGCAAUGGUCUCCUUAGUUUAAAACUACAGAAAACUUGGUAUUUGCCAGUGUCACACAAGGUGGCUUAUAUCUGAUACGAUACAGAAAAAAGUUUAGGUCACUCUUACUGCUGUGAUUGAAGUGUAUCAUACAAAUGCAAGUAACGACACCACCCUCAACUGCAAAUGCUUGUUAGAGAACAAGCAAGUACUUUCCUGAAAUAAAUGAUACAUACCAUUAUGCACAGGAGGGAAAGCAUUGAAGAAAUCUCUUUUCAACAUGUAAAGCACAGUCUAUACACAUAAAAGAUGAAGUUUCUACUCCAGCAGUUGUCAGUAACAAGACUGAGCAGUGGACUUCAAAUUCUCCCACGUGUUGCUCGUAUUGAACUAAAUUUCUAGAAACUUUAUGCAGUUUUCAAAUUUAAAAGAGAGCUCAAGAAUCAAUAGAGGCCAAACAGACAUCUAUUUUUUAAACAGGCAUCUUUCUAUACCACCCUAUGUAAGCAAUCCUAUUGAUGAAUACAGAAAAUCAAAACAAUUUUGUCUUAAUCUUGUAUUCUGCCUUUAAUACUCCAUGAGUAGAGGUUGACAAUGAACAGCUGAGCAGGAAGGGAAGAAAUCUUUGAAAAAACUAUGUACUCGAUGGAAUGCAAGCAAAUCCAGUGGUGAUGCACUUCCUAUCUGGCAAAUAGAUAUGCUGAGAUCAGACCUCUGAAAUAAGGUUAAUCACUAAAGGAAAUUAUUUAGCUACUGUAAUGAGGAUUAGGGCAAGCACUGAUGAGAUAGGCAACACCCCACCCCCCAGUAAUAGGAAUAUUACUGACUCAAACUGUUAAUGUAAAUCUCAAUUUCCAUUUCAUGCAUUCUGACCACUCUCACAAAUGAAUAAGAUUUUAGUAAGCACACUUUCCCUAUUAAUUAUUCUUCUUAAGAAAAGCUACAAACACAGUGCAAUAGAAAAAUCUAAAGUUACUUUCUUCUCUUUUUAAAUCUGUAUUUUUGUGAUGGAUAGGGUUUCCAGUUUUAGUUUGCUUUGGAGGUGUUUCAAGAACCUUCAAUUGGAAAUAGACAACAGUUUUACAGUAUAGAAAACCCCCUGAAGAAAAAAGGUGGUAAGAGUGAAAUAUCAACACGUACAUUCUGAGGACACGUUGGGAUUACAGGUUUUACACGCCAGUAACAUAUAGAAGUCAAAGUAAAGCAUUGCUAAAAACGUAGAAAGCCCCCCCGCCUCCCCCUACCAACCCACCACUUUCCUCUUAUGUACCUGAAAAGCCAUUAUUUAUUUAAAAACAAUAAAUAAACAAGAACAAAACCAAGGUAUAAAUAACCUGGAAGCCCUACUGUUAUUUUACAGCAAUGCAGAUAAAUUGCAUGUACUGUAUGGUUCAUUUGUGUCUUAGGGUUCUGCUGAUCAGAAAAACUGCUACCAUCCUCUAUAUGACUAAAUGUCAAAUGAACCCAGAGAUUAAAAAAAUAAAACCUUUUGUACCUAGUACAUUCUUCUUUGUAUACUUAUAUGGGCUUUAAAACUAACAUCUACUGUAUUUUUAUUUAUUAAAAUGACUGCUUGAAGAUAUUUUAAUGCAUAAAAUAAGAUACUUAAAUACAAUUCCGUUUAGAAAGAAACAUCCAUUCUAUCAUCUAUUUAUUAAAGUUAUGUGAAAAAGA